CGUCAUUGUUGAAAACCAGUGCGUCGCAACUCUCCCUCACCCUUCUCCCUUCGAUUGCCGAGCAGUGAGGACGCGAGACAUCUCAAAUAAUAACUUUAAGUGUGUUUUUAAAUAAUUUACCCGCCAAAGAAACAUUCCUAGUGUUUUCCAAUUAAUAAUAAUUCACUAAUAAGAAAAAAUGGCGAAUCAAGAAAAUAAGGAUUUCAGCGAAGACGUCAAUGAAAGUUAUGAACAAAACGGAGAUGGUGAGAACGGCGCCAGGGACGCCGCUGAAAAUGGUCAGGGAGAAUCCCAGGAAGACAGGAAAUUGUUUGUCGGUGCUCUCAGUUGGGAAACUACUGACAAGGAACUUCGUGAGUACUUUAGUAAAUAUGGUGACAUUGAGAGCAUCAAUGUUAAGACAGACCCAAAUACUGGACGAUCAAGAGGAUUUGCCUUUAUUGUCUUCGCUAAAGCUGAAUCUCUCGAUAAGAUUAUGUCAGCAGGCGAUCAUAUGAUCAAUAACAAGAAAGUUGACCCCAAGAAAGCAAAGGCACGACAUGGAAAAAUUUUCGUCGGCGGCCUUUCGACCGAAUUAUCCGAUGAUGAUAUUAAAAAUUUCUUUGGUCAAUUUGGAACCAUCGUCGAAGUUGAAAUGCCCUUCGAUAAGACAAAGAAUCAGAGGAAAGGAUUCUGUUUCAUCACCUUUGAAUCCGAACAAGUUGUCAACAAACUCCUGAAGACUCCUAAGCAAACAAUUAAUGGAAAAGAGGUGGACGUGAAGAAAGCAACGCCAAAACUCGAUGGAAUGGGAGGAAUGAGAGGUGGAAUGAUGCGUGGUCGUGGAGCUAGAGGUGGUCGCGGUGGACGUGGAGGAUUCCAAGGUGGUUGGCAAGGCGGUUAUGGUGGAGGCUAUGGAGGCGGCUACCAGGGCGGAUACGGAGGUGGCUACGACAACUACGGAGGAUACGAUUAUUACGCCGGUGGGUACGGUGGCUACGGCGGCUACGACUACAGUGGCUAUGACGGCUAUGGCUAUGGCGGUGGUAGUUACGAUGGUGGCUACGCAGGUGGGCGCGGUGGUGCACGCGGUAAAGGUGGUGCAGGUUUUGCCGGAAAACAAAGAGGUGGAGGUAGAGGAAACGCCAGGCAUCAGCCUUAUUAAAUGAAUUUGUAAUUCACGAACUCAAUGCAAAUUGCAUUGCGAUCGUUGAAUGUGCCUCAGUAUUCUCAGAUUUACUUCCAAAAAGGAGCAUCAGAGCUUGUCAUUACUGCUCUAUUACUGGAUGAAAAUACGGAUUAAUCUACUUAAAAAAAAACGUCUACUAGGCAAUACUCAAUGAUUUUUUUGGUUACGUCAAUUUCAGGAUUUUCUAUAUGAAAAAUGAAGAAGCAGUUUUCAAGAAAUUUGGCAACACCAAUAAAAAUUUAUUUAAAAUAAGGUUUUUUGAUUACUAUUUAAUAAAAAAAACUACAACAACAAUGAAGGCAAUAUUCAAAAGUUUUUUAAACUUUAAGGAAAGAAAAAUAAAUUUUCGUGAUGAAGAAUGUUUACUUGAGCACAAAAAUUUUCCUUUUUUUAAUCAUAAGAUAAAUCGACUGAUGUCUGCAAUUGAAAAUGUAAAUUAAUUUAAUGAGUCGCGUAAAUAUUGAUGCUUCCGAAAGAAAUAAAUGUACCAUAGUAUGUUUUGGAUGAACUUGUAUUUGUCUCAAGUAUAUUUUUUCCGGGUACGAAAAUCUCGGGACACUCACGUGUAUACGUACACGAAUGCAUUAGAAAUAAGCCUAGGUAUUUAUUAAAAUUAUUAUUUUAUAGGAUUAAUUUGCAAUACCAAAAUAAAAAAUUCAAUGUCGGCUCAAAAA